AAGAUGUUUCAGCCAGUAGAGUUGGAGGACGCAGAGAGAGGACAGCGUGCAUUUUAUUGAAUGUUUUCCUUUCCUCUAUUGCCCGUCAUGGGGGGCAUCAAGCUGUUCAUGUUGCUCCUGCUGAGCAGCUAUGCCUUAGCUCAGCAAGGCAACGAGAAUGCGGAGCAGACAUCAACAUGUGUCUUGGCCAGCCGAUACAAGGCCUAUAAAAAAUACGUCUACCAGUAUAGCACUCAGAGCCAGAAUGGGGUGGUGGGGGCGGCCAGCCUCAGGAACGGGCCCAUGCUUACUUGUCAGGUGGAGGUCGAAGUCCCCCAGGUUUGUAAAUUCAUUCUGCACACCAGGUCCUGCGCCCUCAGUGAGGUGUCCAGCAUGGACGCGGGGGGCCGGCCCGUCUACGGCCCGACGGCCACCUCGGACGCUUUCGAGGCUGCCAUGGCAAAGAACCCAUUGAAGUUCACCGUGGAGCAGGUCACCACGGUGCACCUGUACCCUGAGCCAGAUGAGCAGGACAACCUCCUCAACGUGAAGAGGGGCAUCGUCUCCGCCCUGCUGGCUCCGGUGGAGGAAGAGCAGCACAACCGUCUCAUGAACACUGUUCAUGGUGUGUGCGCAACAGAGUACACCAUAAAUGCCCAGAAGGACAUCGCAACUGACGUGUCACUGUCCAGAGACCUCUCUGGAUGUGACCAGUUCUACGGCAGGGUGCAGGACAGCAGUCCCUUGGCCCUGAUUCAGAAACUGCAUCAACCCAUGGCUAAGUUGAUCAGAGGCACCCAAAGUUGUAACUACCAGUUUGACAACCGGAGGAAGCACAUGUCGGCAGCUGAAUGCACAGAAACUCAUGUCUUCCUGCCCUUCUCUCACAAAGACAAUGGGAUGUCAUCUGUGGUCACUCAAAGGUUGACCUUACAAGAGUCUCAGAGGACUAAUAGCAGAAACUUUGAGGUUGAGCCCUGGCGCGGCAGCUGGCUUCACUUCCAGAAGGCUGAGGGCAAAGCUCCGGUUCAGACCGGGGACGGUGUGCUCCGCACGCUGGAGGACUUGAAGGAGCUGGCUGGGACAGGCGGGGGCCAGAGGAGGGCGGGCCUGUUCUACAUGCUGGUGUCUGGGCUGCGCGGGCUGCGGAACGAAACACUGAGCAGCGCGCUGCCCCGAAUGCUGGACGCGUCCGCGGCACUGACCUGGCAGGCCCUCCUGCAGUGCGGCACGGCGGAAUGCGACAGCGCCGCCCUGCAGGCGGUCCGGACCGUGGCAGGGAUGCCCCUGGAGAUGGACGCCCUGGUGCACGGGCUCAGCCUGCAGGGCCAUGCUGACGCCGGCCGAGUGAGAGACAUGCUCAGCACGGCCAAGUUCAGACAGAGCAAGGCCAUUAUGUAUGCCCUGGCCUACACUGUGAGGAGGUUCUACAGAAACAGUGAAGGACUCCGGAUCCCAGAAUUGACACAAGUGUCAGACUUCAUGGCAACUAUAUUAGAAGACUGCUCAGUGAACCCAGAAGAGUCCUUCCUUGCAUUGCGGGUAGUCGGUGUCAUGGGUCGAGUCAUUCAAAAAGAUGGCGACCAACUGAUUCCGUCCAUCCUGCGGUGUGCCCAGAGCGACACGGCUCCGCAGUCCAACCAGAAGGCGGCCAUCCAGGCCUUCAGGCGAAUGAGCAUCACUGAUGAGAUUCAGAAUGUCCUCAUGGAGAUCUGCAGGAACCCUCAGAGCCCUGUGGAGCAUCGCGUGGCAGCCUACCUUACCCUGAUGAAGAGGGCAGAUCAAGCCAUGAUAACACAACUCCUCAACACUCUGGCAGGAGAGGAGGAGCCACAGCUGAAGAACUUUGUAUUCUCUCACCUUGACAACAUCCGCAACUCCCUCGACCCAGAUAUGCAGCGAAUGAGGAGUAACGUUGAGGCGGCCUGGCGAGGCCAGCCAUCCUCCUCGUUCAGGGGUCCCAGCACGUCGGGCAGCUACAGGCUGGAAACACCCCUGGGCUCAGUGCAGACGAACCUCAUCUUCGAUGGGGCCGACACGCUGCCAAAGGAGGUGAUGCUGGAGACGACCCUCAGGGUCCUCGAUUUCAGGGAGGAUAUCUUUGAGGUGGGCGUAGAGGGAAAAGGAUUUGAGCCGACCCUAGAUGCUCUCUUUGGAGAGAGGGGCUUCUUUCCUGAAGCCGCAUCCAACUCCAUGUACAACUCCGGAGCCUACAAAGUCCCCAAGGUGCUCCAAAGAAUUUUCGACCGAUUGGCCCCUGAUGGAAACAGAAUGAAAAGACAGCUCCCACAGGACCUACUACUGGACAUCAAGAACAGCUUCAAUGCCCUUCUUCAUGACAUCGGCUCCUACCCUCCCCCAGAGGCCACUGCCUACCUGACACUCCUAGGAAGGGAGAUGGGAUACAUAAAGUCCAGUGAAGUGAAGCACAUGGCUGAUACUCUGUAUACAUACUAUCAAACUUUCUUCAAGCAGCUACCCGCCAAGGCAAUUGCUGCACUGACUUCAAGCACUGAAAAUGACCUCUUUGCACACUACAUCUUUAUGGAAAAUGUAAUGUCAUUGCCUACGGCUUCUGGCUUACCUCUCAAGUUCUCGCUGGCUGGGGUGAUCACCCCUGGUGCACGCGGAGGUUUGAAUUUGGCUCCUGGCAUGCAGCAAUUGUCUUUCAUGCCUUCAGUUGGCUUGGAAUUCAUUACCCAAAUGGGAGUGCAUCUUCCAGAUUUUGUUGUGGCCGGGCUCGAGAUGCACACAAACAUGCACCAUGAGUCUUCCUUCAACGCCAAGGUCACCAUGACCAAUAACCAAUUCAAGCUGUCUAUCCCUGCCCUAAAGACAAACACUCUUUUUAGCUUCAGCAACAAGGUACUAUCAGUCUCAUCCAGUGGGAUGGCCACUGUGCCUUCCAUGGUGGAAGAUAAAGUUGAAUCUAUGGAAUGUGAUGCCCUUUUCCCUGGUCUGAAGCUGUGCACUGCUGCGCGUUACCCUAACGUCAACUCCACAGAUGAAACCCCCUACUACCCUCUAACAGGAGAAACCAGGUUCGCAAUAGAGAUCCAACCCACAGGGGAAGUUUCAGAGUACAUUGCCACCCUCACCGGAGAAACACUGCGUGAGGGUAAAGACGGUCGCCAUAAAGUGGACUCUUUGAAGCUCUCUUUGAAGGCAGAAGGCACUGAAUCAAAAGAAGCAACAGCCAUCCUGAAGUACAACCGCAACAAGAACAUUUUUACAACUGAGGUCAACAUCCCUGAUUUUGACAUGGAGCUUGGUAUAAAGCUAGCUGUGACCGACACUAACGUUAAGGGCAAGAAGAUGAAAGGCGUCACCUUUGACGUAUCCAACAAGCACAUCCCACAGCUGACCCUGGUGGCACGAACCAGGCUUGAGAUGAUGAAGAACGCAAUGUUAGAACUCCAAAUGGCUAUUCCUUCCCUCAAAGCAGACAGCGCUCUCACACUGACCCUGAAGAACGACGAUGCGGUGAUCAUGGCUGUAGAAGCUGCCCUUAACCUCCCAGAGACCACCUCUGUGCAGAAAGUGACCCUGAUAUAUGAUGACAACAAAUUUGAGGUUGAAAUGAACUCUGAUACAAAUUCAGACAUCCAGAAACUGAUUCCAAAUAUAGAGAACUACCAUAGGCAACUGCAGCAACACAUUGAUGCCCUUCUGGACCAAAGGGUGGCCCAGACUGACAUGAAGCUGCGUCACAUUGUCACAAAAGGCAUUGAGGCAGGUAAUAUUUGGCUGGACAAGUUGUCUGCAAGCAUCCCCUCGAUAGAAAAACUACGGAGCAAGAGAAGCAUCUCAGAUCUUACCUUGCCUGCGCUGCCUGAAAGAUUGUUUUUUCAAGCAGACAGUUUAUUCAGAUACCAGUUCAACAAGGACAAGAUGGAUGUGAACAUUCCUUUACCCCUUGGAGGGAAGUCCUCAGAGGAGAUACAUUUCCCAGCCACCUUAUCCGUACCGAACAUUAAUAUACCAACACUCGGGGUCCACAUUCCUGCCAAAACCUAUCCAGUACCAACGUUUACCAUACCACGAUCCGUGGACUUCACUGUCCCUCUCCUGGGUCUUUUUGAGGCAUCCACAAAGAUAAACAGCAACCUUUACAAUUGGGAAGGCAGCAUCGCUGGGGGUAACAACACCAUGGAUGUACCCAACUACAUUGUCCAGUACAAAGCUAUGGCCCAGUCCCCUUUCAACCCAUUGUCAUAUACAAUUGAAGGUACCGGGAUGGUGUCUGGAAAGGUUGAUAAUGUAAAGUAUAUUGUGAAUGGCUCCCUUAGCCAUAGCCUCAUUGAUGCAAGCUUCAGCAUUUCUGAAGGUUUAAGAAUGAUAGACAAUCUAAUUGCAAGGGUAAACUACAAGCUCCUAGUAUCAAGUCCCCUGGGGCUGCAGAGCUCUCUUGAUUACUCUGCCCUAUCGACCUCCACUGCUGAUAAAGUCACAGGAGAUGGCAAAUUGGAUGGAUUGCUUGAAAUAGGUCCAUUGCAUACCACUGCCACCUACACACAAAGCUACAUCCUCCUUCCUCAGGUCAGAGAAGGCAGGGGAGAGUCCAGCCUGCGUAUCAGCUCACCGCUAAUCCAACUCAACAACAUUAUACAGGGAGUUUAUGCAAACAAUGAAUUGAACAUUGUAUCCAAAACAAAUGUACAGGAUCAAGUACUGCAGCAUGUGUCAGAGCUUAAGUACAAAGGUGCACAGGUGACCCUGAAGAGUAAUGUGGUUGCAGCAGCUCUGGGUAAAAUGCUUAACAACAAACUUGAGCUUGGCUUGUCCAGUCAACUGGUGAUUUUCAGAAUCGAGUCCCAGGCAGAUGAUGCAACAAAUAGGGCAUUCUCCCUCUUAACUGGUACUGUGACUUCAUAUGGACUCGAAGUCAAUUCGGAAGGUUCACUGACCUCUAAUGUAGGUCGCGCUCUGCACAAAGCUUCGUUAACAAUUAACCAAAAUGGUGUAACCACCAGUGGAACUAAUAACAUUCAGUGUAGUCCUGUAACAUUUGAGAACGUCUUUAACAGCAACAUAGACCAGAGUGGAGUGACCCUCUCAUCUCUAUCAAAGGCAAUGGCUGAGGAAGCUAGGGGAGAGCUGAACAUUGAAGUCAAAGUCACAACUACAGAAGCAUCACUGAAUGGCGUCUUCAAGGGCUAUGCACACGAUGCAAGCACAAGAAACAACCUUAAUUUCCUGUUAAACCGAAGGACUUUGAGCAUUUCCAGCAACUCAAUGGGAUCACUGAAGCAGCGAAAAACUGAAAAUAGCCACACACUGGUCCUCACUCUAUGGACUGCAGAUCUCCACUCCAAAACAGACAACUUUAUCUGUGAAGAUGUUUACUACAAACAUGAUAUCAAGAUGAAUAUGAAACCAUUUGUCAUGUCAAUAGAUGUAACCAAUGAUUUGAAGCUCCAAAGUUUAAAUUUCAACAAUGAGGGACACCUGCGACUGCAGCCAAUCAUGAUGGACCUAACGGGAAGCUUGAAAGGAGCCAAUGGAGAGGUAGAUCAAAUCAAACAUACAUACCAAAUCAAAUAUGCAGACAUGGCAGGGACCAUGAAGUCGAGUACAUCUGGGAGAAUAAUGGAUGUCAAGCUGAGUCACAACUGUGAAUUUGAAUUUGCUGGACUUGCCUCCAAAUCCAUAUGUGAAGCACAAGUCACCUCUGAAUCCUUACGUUUUGAUGGCAAUAUUCGCACCAUGGCUGUGCCAUUUAGUUUCACCUUGGAUGGACUUAUCAAUAGCGAUGGAGAAUUAAAUCUAUUUGGAAAACACACUGGACAACUUUAUAGCAAGCUGCUGAUCAAGGCUGAACCAGCCGCCUUGGCAUAUUCCCAGGACUGCCAGGUAUCAACCAAGCAUACGUUAGAAAGUGGCGUGUCCUCUGCUCAUAUUGAUAACAAAUGUAAUGGGCUAUUAACGCCCAGCAAACAAUCUCUGAACUGGAAGUCUCAAUCCAAAAUGAAUAGGCAAGAUUACAAUCAGGAAAUCAAUACUUACAAUGACCCUGCAAAAAUUGGAUUUGAGUUUUCUGGCGUACUUCUUACAGACCUUUUCAGUCAAUUGAAUUACAUUCGAGAAACAAAAUUGCCAGAAAUACAAGAGUUCAAGACCUCCGGUUUUCUAAAGUAUGAUAAGAACAGUGACUGCCAUACUGUUGAGAUUCCUUUCAUAAAGAGCCUGCCUGCUGCGUUUGACAUUGUGAAAGAAGCUCUUCUGAAAGCUUUAGAAUCUCUGCAACAAUAUGUCAACAGAAUUGAUGUUAUUUUGUUAAUUAAACAAUUCAGAACCAGGCUAAAUCAGAUACCUAUGGAGGUGAAUGAUCUUAUAAGACAAAUGGAUCUAGAGAACAAAGUAAAAGAGAUAAAAGAAAAGGUAACUUAUUUGACAAAGGACUUUUCUGUAACAAUAGAUGACCUGGAACUUGCUGUGGAAAAACUGAAAACCGACUUUGGAAAAACAGUAAUUGAAAUUGCCCACAAAAUCCAAAAUGUAAUUUGUACAAUCAAAGACUUUGUAUCAACAGGAGACUUUUAUGAUUUCAUGUCCAAUACACUCUCAAAAAUCGGGAAUAAACUCAUGGACUUUGAUCAAAACUACAAAAUUCGACUCACACUUAUCAAAGCAUUAAAUUCUAUGGAGGAUAUUGUAAGACAGAUUGAUUUGAAAAAACUUACAGAAAGCAGCCUUGCUUGGCUGCAGGAUCUCGAUGCUAAGUACAAUAUCUUGGAAAAAAUUAAGAAAACCAUCGCUACAUCAAAACACAUAGUUGAGACUUUUGAUGUCAAAAUGUUUUUCCAGGAUUUAAGAGAUGAUAUUAUUUCAUUGGAUAUACCUCAGUAUGUUCAGCAACUUUCUUACGACAUACCCUACUCUGAUAUAACAAACGUGAUUGAGUCUAUGAAAGAUAUUCUUAUCAAUUGGAUUGAUGAAUAUGAAAUACCAAACAAACUCAAUGCAGUGUAUUUCUACAUUAGGGAUCUUAUUGUUAAAUAUGAUCUUGAUGAAAAAUUUAAGGACUUAUUAGAUCAAUUAGUGGUGCUCAUUAAAGAAUUAGAAAUUGAAAAAACUGUACAGUUAGCAGUUGAUCAUUUGAAAGCUCUAUGCAAUAAAUUUCAAUAUAUCUAUGAUGAAAUUAUGCAAUUCAUUUUUCGUGUAACUGAGCAAUUUAAAUUAAUUGACUGGAAGCAAAUCUUUCAGGAGCUAAAUAGAAGCAUCUCAUCAAUACUAAAUUCAAUGAAGAAAUUUGAUUACAAUUCAUUUGUUGACAAGUCUAAUGAGAGGAUAGCUGAAGCAAUUAAGUACCUUAAUGAGCAGAUUAAAACAUAUGGAAUAGUUGAUAAAAUAGAGGCCACUAGGGACUUUAUAAGAGAAAGACAGACUUCAAUUAUCAAAUAUAUUGAGGAGCUCAAAAACACUAAAGUUGCUGAGGUUCUACAGAAGUUCUAUGAUGUGAUUAACACCACAGCUUACAUUGACAUGAAGAUGAAAGUGAAGGAAAUCUUAGAAGACACCAGGCAAAGAGUCCUUGGAAUGGACAUCAAAGAUGAAAUCUACAUCCACCUUCAAAGGCUGAGUGAGUCCUACUCUAAUAUGAUCACUUUCAUCUCUGAAAAGUUGAGUAAACUAAUGGCACAGAUUCACAAAAUAUCAAAUGAACAAGACAUCAUUCAUCAAAUUGAAGAGGGCAUGCUUGGUGUUCUGGAUGCUCUGAAGAGAGUUGAAAUUGUAGCGCCAUCUUUCAAAGUACCACUUACGGACCUGACCAUUCCCCAAUUCAAAAUAAAGCUGAACAAACUACAAGAGAUCAGCAUACCAGAUAGAAUUUCAGUUCCCGGAUUCACUAUCUUCAAUUUCGUAAUUCCUUCAUUUACCAUUGAUUUUAAAGAGAUCAAAACAGACAUAAUUGCAAUAAUAGACCGCAUCAGAGAGUAUGAGAUCCCAAUGAUUGAGCCUGAUGAAAUCUUUGGAGAUCUUAAAGUUCUCUACUUGUUUAAUCUGCCAGAUUUGACUUUGCCAGAAAUUACUCUUUCAGAAAUCAAAUUUCCUGUGAUCAACAUUCCCAAAUUGAAUCUGGGAGACUUUAGUAUUACAAUGCUUCCCAUUCCAGAGAUCACAGAGAUUCCUGAGAUACCCAGUGAAAUUUGUCUUCCAGUUUUUGGCAAGCUCUAUAGUGAGUUUAGACUGGACUCUCCCUUUUACACCCUUGUAACAACAGUACUUAUCCAGAACUCAACAACUACUUUCAAAACCCCACAGUUUACUGCCUUUUUAACCUCCAAGGGAAUGUCAAAUAUAGAUCUCCUUGACUAUUCCUUAGAUGCCAUAGCUCGUGUAGAAGCUCCCAGAAUGAAGAAGUUGAUGUUGACAGAGACUUUAAAAGUCACUCAUGUAGCCUUUUCUAUUGAUCAUGAGGGGUCAUUGACCAUAACUGGACCAUCUGCUGAAGUAGCUGUAACCACCACUGCCAAGAUAACUACUAAAAUGAAUUCAUGUAACUUGGUCAACAAGGGAAAACUUACACUAAAUAGUGGAGUCACAGCAGCAGUGGAAACAACCUACAAUCAUAGCCUGAACAUUCCAAUGGCGGAAAUCUCAAGCGAAGCAACAAUGACACAAUAUAUGGAAACCAAAAUAGAAUCUGGUAUUGUUUCUGGAAAUAUUAAAAACAUCGGAAAUGGAAAAUGGUCCAUUCAAGACUAUUCUGAUGAAGGCACGCAUAAAUGUGAUCUGGAAUUCACUGUCAAUUUUGGCACUGCUACCUUAACCAUUGAGGGAGAAACUAAAAGUAAUGCCAUACAAUUUAAGAAAUAUAUUACUGCUGAAUCAGUAAUACUAAGUCACAUCAUUGUUGAUGCAAAAGCUGAGGCUGAACUUCCAUUUCUUAAAAGCAGCGUCUUUUCUUUAAAGGGCGAGGCACAUGUUGAAGACUUGAAAAUUGCACUGACCACGUUUUAUGAUGCUGAACUCAUUGGAAGAUUGAGUGGACCAGUGUCUCACUCUUUGGAAUUCUUGGUUCAGCCUUUUGAAAUAGCGUUCAAUUGUAAGAAUAAAUGCAAUGCCAAAAUCUCUCUUCCGCUCAAACUCACUGGAAAGUCAGACUUCCAGCAUGACUUUGGCCUAAUCCUUAAUCCGGAACAGCAACGGCUUGGUUGGGCUGCUUCAACCAGAUUUAACCAAUAUAAGUACAAUCACAAUUACACAAUGGAAAACAAUGAUAUGGAAUUGUUCCUACAUGCCACAGCAUAUGGUGAGGCUAAUUUGGACUUUUUGACUCUUCCCCUCAGUAUCCCAGAGAUAACCGUUCCUUACCUAGAAAUGAAAACACCUGAAUUGAAGGAAUUCUCUUUUUGGGAACAUGCUGGCAUAGGAUCCGUGUUAACCACUCCCCAGCAAACAUUUGAUAUGAACCUCGACCUUCAUUUCCAUAAGAACCCACAAAUGCAAAGCAUCAAUGUCGAUUUUGGACCAAUUUACAGUGCAAUUGGUGAUAUUCUCCCUGGUACCUUUGAAGAUUAUAGAGAUAUGUUGGUUAAUUGUCUGAAGGAUUCCUAUAACCGAGCAAAGAAACAUUAUACCAAGCACAAUAUUGAAACUCCUAGCCAGCCUCCUCGAAUCUUCAUGUUCCCUCAAUAUACAGUACCAAUCCUUAAUAUUGAAGUUUCUGCCUUUACGGCAGAGAUGCCAGCUUUCAGCUACUUUGUUCCAAAAGAGUUCAGUACACCAAGUUUUAAAGUUCCAGUCAUAGGUUUCUCUGUGCCAUCCUAUGCUCUUGUUCUGCCAUCGCUAGAACUGCCUGUCAUCCAUCUUCCUGAGACGCUGAACAAACUUACCCUACCUACUAUUACUCUACCAGCCAUUCAAAACAAAAUCUGGAUUCCAUCACUGGGUAAUGUGUCUCAUGAGUUCUCUUUUAAGUCCUCUCUGAUUACGCUGCGGGUGAAUGCUGACCUUUUUAAUCAGUCCGACAUCGUGGCACAAUUCGGAGCUUUAUCAACUUCGGUUUUCGAUUUUUUAAAUGGAAAACUGGACGGAGCUGCUAGUUUGACAAGAAAGAGGGGAAUUGAAUUUGCUACAUCUCUGUCUGUGGUUCACCAAAAUCUAAAAGCAAAUCAUGUCUGUGCUGUAAGCCUCACCAAACAAAGCAUGGAAAGCUCAAUGGCCAACACUGCAAAACUUGAUCUACCCUUCCUUACUGUGGAAGUGGAUCAAGGACUCCUUGGAAAUACCAGGACGAAACCAAAUGUAGCCUCCAAAAUGAAGCUGAAAUACAUGUUUACAAUUCCAUUGAUUCAUUCUGUGGCAAAGGGUAACAUAGAUCAUAAUUUGAUGCUAGAAGCUCUUACAUCAUAUGUCUCACUGGACACAUCUACUAAAGGAAAAACAGACGUUUUAGUGAUGGACAGUUACAGUUUUGAAGGAGAUCUAGAAAAUGAAGCCAAUUUCUACAUUAAUGCAAAUGGAUUGCGUUCAGCUUUUAAAUUUCUUCUGAUUUCAAAUAUUGACCGCCAACAAGAGCUGCGAAGCAGAACAAACAUCUUUCAUUUAGAUAUAGACAAGAGAUCUGCACUUGAAGUGUCUUUGCAGCGGCUGUACGCGACAAUGGAAUACACCAGCCAUAAUAAUGCCAACUUUGCAUUUGUAGAUACACUGGGGAAACACACUGCUAAAGGUACACUGGAGUUUGUUCCACUGACAACCCUAAAGGCUACAUUGGACAGUGAUGCACUUCAAUCAUCAGCUGCACUCAUUCAGAACAUCAACCUAGCCAUUUCAAGGGAGAAGCAGGCCUUCACCUGGCAUAGCGGAGGACAGCUGGGAGCCUUCAGCAAUGCCAUUGAUUUAGUGAUCUCCAAUGAUGAGGCUGAAGUACGAAUGGAUAUGACUUGCUCAGUUGAAGCGUACAUACAGUUCCUGAAGUCCCUGAGACUGCCUGUGUAUCAUCGGUCCCUCUGGGAUGUGCUCAGGUUUGAUCACGCUCAAAUAAACGAUCCACAAUUAUUUAAUGCGUCUUUCAGCAUUGUGUACACAAAGAGCCAGGAUGGAACACUGUUUUCCAUACCAUCUCAAAUAUUAGACAACGGAGUCACUUUCAGCAUUCCUGAGCUUACCCUGGCCAUGCCUGGCUGGGUUAAACAAAUUCCAUCUAGCAUACGGAAAAUUGAUAUGCGAAUUGAAAAUCUUGACUUUCCUGAUCAUUUAAUACUACCACCCGGAAUCUCAAUUCCAGCCUUUGAUGUCCCAUUUACAACCUUGCAAGUGCAACCUUUCAUUGUUGAUAUGAAGAACUUGAACAUUCCAAAGACAAUCUCUACUAAAGCUUUUUACAUCACGCUGCCUGGCCUGCCAACAAUUUCCAUUCCCCGCUAUAACAUAGAUACCCAGUUUCUUCCGGGAAAAAUGUCCUUCCUCUCACUUAAGAUACCCCAACAUGAAAUUUCCAUCUCAGCCUUCCAACUCCCAAGGGAAAGUCCAUUCAUCACUAUUCCACAGCAAACUAUGGAAAUUCCUGAAAUUGCCAUAUUUCUGCCAUCAAGUGUGUUCAUCCCAAUGUUUGGUGCCCUCACUGCCACAUGGAAUAUUUCUUUACCCGGAUACAAUGUGGCAACAACAGCCAAAGUGGAGAAAAAGGAUUCCCACCUUGUUACAGCAGCAAAGUCUACCUGUUCUUCCACAAUGAACUUCUUGGAGUAUGAUCUCGAUGCCGCAGCAACUCUUGGAUUUGACAAUGGACUCAUGGAUCUUAAUGGCCAUUGCAACUUCGUUCACAGUGAUGUAAAUGUAGCCUGGCAACACACAUUUGCUCAAAAUAUGAGGGUUAAGCGUCAAACUGCUGAGGCUGUGGUGUCUCAUCAUACAGUUAAUGUUGACAUCACCAGCCCAACCUUUGCAGAUUUGAGCUUUCGCUAUGCCUCACGCAAAGAUGGAAUCACAGCAUCCAUGUCUUCUCCAUCAUCAGGCUUCCUUGGACUGUAUCUUCAGCGAAGGUCUCUAUCACAGCUACAUGGAAAAUUGUUCAGUCGCUAUUUGAGGAAUCCUGGGAAGGAUAUUGAUAUUCUGAUUGUCAAAGCCACUAUUAAAAACUCAGAAAAGCUAAGCAUACUAACCUCUUGGAACAUAGGAGUCCUUGGUGAUUUUAUUGAGGGCUUAAAGGGUAGAUUGCCUGCCAUUACUGAAGCAGUUCUCAAGUUCAUUAAUAAAUACCACACUGCCCACUUUGGUUUUGACCUUAAUCGUGGUGGAAUAAAGUUUAGGAACACACUCACUAAUGCCAUGGAACAAGCUCACAAGGACGUUGCUGAGUCUGUCAAUGCACUUCAGGAAUUAAUUGAUAAGCUUGGCUCUCAAUCAAUGGCUUUUGACCUCAAUGUGCACAUUUCUAACAGCAUUAGAAAAUUAAGCAAAUAUGCUGAGCAGGUUGUUGAAAACACAAUGGAAGCCAUUUUGACCUUCCUACGUAACGUGGAGAUCCCUAUGCCUGGAUCUGAUCAGAAGCAGACCGGUCUGCAGGUCUUCCAGCGGGCCUGCCGCUAUAUUUCCGAUGGAUUUGACAGAGCCAUGCAAAGGUUUUCUAGGAUAAUGAACACUGUAACUAGUAACAUUCGAGGAAUAGAGUUUACAAUCCCCGCAACUGAUGUUGUUGUUAAGGGACAAGAGAUCCAAGAAGAACUAACGUCUGCUUGGAAAUCCCUGCUUGAACGGAGAGUGCAGGCGCUUCAGAUCUGGAGGGAGAUGUCUUUGGAAAAGCUAUUCCAGAGCCUUAGUGAUUUCUUGCAGAUGUUUGUUCAAAAGGCAGACGAGCUCAUUGCUUCCCUCAGAGCUGAAAACCCAGAGUUGGCCUCCCGAAUGGAUGGGAUCUAUGCGGAGGGGGAAAACACAUUGAUAUCUUCAAAACAACACAUUGAAGACGCAAAGAAACACCUAGCUCAGUAUAAAGACCAUGCAAAACUCAACAUUCAGGAAGUAUAUAAUGGCAUGAGUAUGGAACGUAUAAACAGUGAUCUUGAGGACCUCAUCAACAUUGUCCAGUUACAUCUUUAUGGAGGAUUGGAGGAAUUUCUCGUUUUUUUGGAAGAUAUAAUACAGGAUACAGGAGCAUUUAGGUUCAGUCAUAAAAGUUUGAACAUUGAUAUUCCUCUUCCUUUUCUUUGGACUUCUUUUGCUGAAUGGCCGAUAAUAUUUCGAACCAUGAGAUGAUUUUAUUUCAAUUUAUGGAAAUAGAGAGUAUGGAUUAGGAUGUAGCUGACAUUUUCAUUGUUUAUCAUAAUUAAGGGUAGGUAAUUAAAGAUGGUGUUAUCUGUAUCACAUUGUAAUAAAAUAUGAAUCUAAACUGAA